AUGACUCCUGAAACAUUUCCUGCAGAGUCCACUAAAGCUCCAAGCAUUGCUCCUGAAACAUCUCCUGCAGAGUCCACUAAAGCACCAAGCAUUGUUCCUGAAACCUCUCCUGCAGCAUCCACUGAAACUCAAACCAUUAUUCCUGAAACAUCUCCUGUGGAGUCCACUAAAGCACCAAGCAUUGUUCCUGAAACCUCUCCUGCAGCAUCCACUGAAACUCAAACCAUUAUUCCUGAAACAUCUCCUGUGGAGUCCACUAAAGCACCAAGCAUUGUUCCUGAAACCUCUCCUGCAGCAUCCACUGAAACUCAAGCCAUUGUUACUGAAACAUCUCCUGUGGAGUCCACUAAAGCACCAAGCAUUGUUCCUGAAACCUCUCCUGCAGCAUCCACUGAAACUCAAACCAUUAUUCCUGAAACAUCUCCUGUGGAGUCCACUAAAGCACCAAGCAUUGUUCCUGAAACCUCUCCUGCAGCAUCCACUGAAACUCAAGCCAUUGUUACUGAAACAUCUCCUGUGGAGUCCACUAAAGCACCAAGCAUUGUUCCUGAAACCUCUCAUGCAGCAUCCACUGAAACUCAAACCAUUAUUCCAGAAAAAACUGUAGAAUCAACUAUUUCCGCAAGCAUUGCUCCUGAAACAUCUCCUGUGGAGUCCACUAAAGCACCAAGUAUUGUUCCUGAAACCUCUCCUGCAGCAUCCACUGAAACUGAAACCAUUAUUCCUAAAACAUCUGUAGAAUCCACUAAAAUUCCAAACAUGACUCCUGAAACAUCUCCUGUGGAGUCCACUAAAGCACCAAGCAUUGCUCCUGAAACAUCUCCUGUGGAGUCCACUAACAGUCCACCAAGCAUUGCUCCUGAAACCUCUCCUGCAGCAUCCACUGAAACUCAAACCAUUAUUUCUGAAACAUCUCCUGUGGAGUCCACUAAAGCACCAAGCAUUGUUCCUGAAACCUCUCUUGCAGCAUCCACUGAAACUCAAACCAUUAUUUCCGUAACAUCUGUAGAAUCGGCUAAAGUUCCAAGCAUGACUCCUGAAACAUCUCCUGCAGAGUCCACUAAAGCUCCAAGCAUUGCUCCUGAAACAUCUCCUGCAGAGUCCACUAAAGCAUCGAGUAUUUCUCCUGAAACCUCUCCUGCAGCAUCCACAGAAACUCAAGCCAUUAUUACUGAAACAUCUCCUGUGGAGUCCACUAAAGCACCAAGCAUUGUUCCUGAAACCUCUCCUGCAGCAUCCACUGAAACUCAAACCAUUAUUCCUGAAACAUCUCCUGAGGAGUCCACUAAAGCACCAAGCAUUGUUCCUGAAACCUCUCUUGCAGCAUCCACUGAAACUCAAAACAUUAUUUCCGUAACAUCUGUAGAAUCGGCUAAAGUUCCAAGCAUGACUCCUGAAACAUUUCCUGCAGAGUCCACUAAAGCUCCAAGCAUUGCUCCUGAAACAUCUCCUGCAGAGUCCACUAAAGCACCGAGUAUUUCUCCUGAAACCUCUCCUGCAGCAUCCACAGAAACUCAAACCAUUAUUACUGAAACAUCUCCUAUGGAGUCCACUAAAGCACCAAGCAUUGUUCCUGAAACCUCUCCUGCAGCAUCCACUGAAACUCAAACCAUUAUUCCUGAAUCAUCUGUAGAAUCAACUAUUUCCCCAAGCAUUGCUCCUGAAACAUCUCCUGUGGAGUCCACUAAAGCACCAAGCAGUGCUCCUGAAACAUCUCAUGUAGAGUCCAGUGAACCUCCAAGCAUUGCUCCUAAAACAUCUCCUGUGGGGUCCACUACAGUACCAAGCAUUGCUCCUGAAACAUCUCCUGCAGAGUCCACUAAAGCAUCGAGUAUUUCUCCUGAAACCUCUCCUGCAGCAUCCACAGAAACUCAAGCCAUUAUUACUGAAACAUCUCCUGUGGAGUCCACUAAAGCACCAAGCAUUGUUCCUGAAACCUCUCCUGCAGCAUCCACUGAAACUCAAGCCAUUGUUACUGAAACAUCUCCUGUGGAGUCCACUAAAGCACCAAGCAUUGUUCCUGAAACCUCUCCUGCAGCAUCCACUGAAACUCAAACCAUUAUUCCUGAAACAUCUCCUGUGGAGUCCACUAAAGCAACAAGCAUUGUUCCUGAAACCUCUCCUGCAGCAUCCACAGAAACUCAAGCCAUUAUUACUGAAACCUCUCCUGUGGAGUCCACUAAAGCACCAAGCAUUGUUCCUGAAACCUCUCCUGCAGCAUCCACUGAAACUCAAACCAUUAUUUCUGAAACAUCUCCUGUGGAGUCCACUAAAGCACCAAGCAUUGUUCCUGAAACCUCUCUUGCAGCAUCCACUGAAACUCAAACCAUUAUUUCCGUAACAUCUGUAGAAUCGGCUAAAGUUCCAAGCAUGACUCCUGAAACAUCUCCUGCAGAGUCCACUAAAGCUACAAGCAUUGCUCCUGAAACAUCUCCUGCAGAGUCCACUAAAGCAUCGAGUAUUUCUCCUGAAACCUCUCCUGCAGCAUCCACAGAAACUCAAGCCAUUAUUACUGAAACAUCUCCUGUGGAGUCCACUAAAGCACCAAGCAUUGUUCCUGAAACCUCUCCUGCAGCAUCCACUGAAACUCAAACCAUUAUUCCUGAAACAUCUCCUGAGGAGUCCACUAAAGCACCAAGCAUUGUUCCUGAAACCUCUCUUGCAGCAUCCACUGAAACUCAAAACAUUAUUUCCGUAACAUCUGUAGAAUCGGCUAAAGUUCCAAGCAUGACUCCUGAAACAUUUCCUGCAGAGUCCACUAAAGCUCCAAGCAUUGCUCCUGAAACAUCUCCUGCAGAGUCCACUAAAGCACCGAGUAUUUCUCCUGAAACCUCUCCUGCAGCAUCCACAGAAACUCAAACCAUUAUUACUGAAACAUCUCCUGUGGAGUCCACUAAAGCACCAAGCAUUGUUCCUGAAACCUCUCCUGCAGCAUCCACUGAAACUCAAACCAUUAUUCCUGAAUCAUCUGUAGAAUCAACUAUUUCCCCAAGCAUUGCUCCUGAAACAUCUCCUGUGGAGUCCACUAAAGCACCAAGCAGUGCUCCUGAAACAUCUCAUGUAGAGUCCAGUGAACCUCCAAGCAUUGCUCCUAAAACAUCUCCUGUGGGGUCCACUACAGUACCAAGCAUUGCUCCUGAAACAUCUCCUGCAGAGUCCACUAAAGCAUCGAGUAUUUCUCCUGAAACCUCUCCUGCAGCAUCCACAGAAACUCAAGCCAUUAUUACUGAAACAUCUCCUGUGGAGUCCACUAAAGCACCAAGCAUUGUUCCUGAAACCUCUCCUGCAGCAUCCACUGAAACUCAAACCAUUAUUCCUGAAACAUCUCCUGAGGAGUCCACUAAAGCACCAAGCAUUGUUCCUGAAACCUCUCUUGCAGCAUCCACUGAAACUCAAAACAUUAUUUCCGUAACAUCUGUAGAAUCGGCUAAAGUUCCAAGCAUGACUCCUAAAACAUCUCCUGCAGAGUCCACUAAAGCUCCAAGCAUUGCUCCUGAAACAUCUCCUGCAGAGUCCACUAAAGCACCGAGUAUUUCUCCUGAAACCUCUCCUGCAGCAUCCACAGAAACUCAAACCAUUAUUACUGAAACAUCUCCUGUGGAGUCCACUAAAGCACCAAGCAUUGUUCCUGAAACCUCUCCUGCAGCAUCCACUGAAACUCAAACCAUUAUUCCUGAAUCAUCUGUAGAAUCAACUAUUUCCCCAAGCAUUGCUCCUGAAACAUCUCCUGUGGAGUCCACUAAAGCACCAAGCAGUGCUCCUGAAACAUCUCAUGUAGAGUCCAGUGAACCUCCAAGCAUUGCUCCUAAAACAUCUCCUGUGGGGUCCACUACAGUACCAAGCAUUGCUCCUAAAACAUCACCUGCAGAGUCAACUGAACCUCAAAGCAAUUUUCCAGAAACAUCUCCUGUGGAGUCCACUAAAGCACCAAGCAUUGUUCCUGAAACCUCUCCUGCAGCAUCCACUGAAACUGAAACCAUUAUUUCUAAAACAUCUGUAGAAUCCACUAAAACUCCAAACAUGACUCCUGAAACAUCUCCUGCAGAGUCCACUAAAGCACCAAGCAUUGUUCCUGAAACCUCUCAUGCAGCAUCCACUGAAACUCAAACCAUUAUUCCUGAAUCAUCUGUAGAAUCAACUAUUUCCCCAAGCAUUGCUCCUGAAACAUCUCCUGCAGAGUCCACUAAAGCUCCAAGCAUUGCUCCUGAAACAUCUCAUGUAGAGUCCACUAAAGCAUUGAGUAUUUCUCCUGAAACCUCUCCUGCAGCAUCCACAGAAACUCAAGCCAUUAUUACUGAAACAUCUCCUGUGGAGUCCACUAAAGCACCAAGCAUUGUUCCUGAAACCUCUCCUGCAGCAUCCACUGAAACUCAAACCAUUAUUUCCGUAACAUCUGUAGAAUCGGCUAAAGUUCCAAGCAUGACUCCUGAAACAUCUCCUGCAGAGUCAACUAAAGCUCCAAGCAUUGCUCCUGAAACAUCUCCUGCAGAGUCCACUAAAGCAUCGAGUAUUUCUCCUGAAACCUCUCCUGCAGCAUCCACAGAAACUCAAGCCAUUAUUACUGAAACAUCUCCUGUGGAGUCCACUAAAGCACCAAGCAUUGUUCCUGAAACCUCUCCUGCAGCAUCCACUGAAACUCAAACCAUUAUUCCUGAAACAUCUCCUGAGGAGUCCACUAAAGCACCAAGCAUUGUUCCUGAAACCUCUCUUGCAGCAUCCACUGAAACGCAAAACAUUAUUUCCGUAACAUCUGUAGAAUCGGCUAAAGUUCCAAGCAUGACUCCUGAAACAUCUCCUGCAGAGUCCACUAAAGCUCCAAGCAUUGCUCCUGAAACAUCUCCUGCAGAGUCCACUAAAGCACCAAGUAUUUCUCCUGAAACCUCUCCUGCUGCAUCCACAGAAACUCAAACCAUUAUUACUGAAACAUCUCCUAUGGAGUCCACUAAAGCACCAAGCAAUGUUCCUGAAACCUCUCCUGCAGCAUCCACUGAAACGCAAACCAUUAUUCCUGAAUCAUCUGUAGAAUCAACUAUUUCCCCAAGCAUCGCUCCUGAAACAUCUCCUGUGGAGUCCACUAAAGCACCAAGCAGUGCUCCUGAAACAUCUCAUGUAGAGUCCAGUGAACCUCCAAGCAUUGCUCCUAAAACAUCUCCUGUGGGGUCCACUACAGUACCAAGCUUUGCUCCUAAAACAUCACCUGCAGAGUCAACUGAACCUCAAAGCAAUUUUCCAGAAACAUCUCCUGUGGAGUCCACUAAAGCACCAAGCAUUGUUCCUGAAACCUCUCCUGCAGCAUCCACUGAAACUGUAACCAUUAUUUCUAAAACAUCUGUAGAAUCCACUAAAACUCCAAACAUGACUCCUGAAACAUCUCCUGCGGAGUCCACUAAAGCACCAAGCAUUGUUCCUGAAACCUCUCAUGCAGCAUCCAUUGAAACUCAAACCAUUAUUCCUAAAACAUCUGUAGAAUCAACUACUGCCCCAAGCAUUGCUCCUGAAACAUCUCCUGUGGAGUCCACUAAAGCACCAAGCAGUGCUCCUGAAACAUCACCUGCACAGUCAACUGAACCUCAAAGCAAUAUUCCAGAAACAUCUCAUGUGGAGUUCAGUGAACCUCCAAGCAUUACUCCUGUAACAUUUCCUGCGGAGUCCACUAAAGCACCGAGUAUUGCUCCUGAAACCUCUCAUGCAUCAUCCACUGAAACUCAAACCAUUAUUUCUGAAACAUCUGUAGAAUCAACUAUUUCCCCAAGCAUUGCUCCUGAAACAUCUCCUGCGGAGUCCACUAAGGCACCAAGCAUUGCUCCUGAAACAUCUCUUGUGGAAUCCAGUGAACCUCCAAGUAUUGGUCCUGAAACAUCUCCUGUGGGGUCCACUACAGUACCAAGCAUUGCUCCUGAAACAUCUCCUGUGGAAUCCAGUGAACCUCCAAAUAUUGCUCCUGAAACAUCUCCUGUGGGGUCCACUACAGUAGCAAGCAUUGCUCCUGAAACAUCUCCUGUGGAGUCCACUAAAGCACCAAUCAGUGCUCCUGAAACAUCUCCUGUGGAGUCCAGUGAACCUCCGAGCAUUGCUCCUGAAACAUCUCCUGUGGGGUCCACUACAGUACCAGACAUUGCUCCUGAAACAUCUCCUGCAGGGUUAACUGAAACCUCUCCUGCAGCAUCCACUGAAACUCAAACCAUUAUUCCAGAAAAAUCUGUAGAAUCAACUAUUUCCCCAAGCAUUGCUCCUGAAACAUCUCCUGUGGAGUCCACUAAAGCACCAAGCAUUGUUCCUGAAACCUCUCCUGUAGCAUCCACUGAAACUCAAACCAUUAUUUCUGUAACAUCUGUAGAAUCCACUAAAGCUCCAAGCAUGAAUCCUGAAACAGCUCCUGCAGAGUCCACUAAAGCUCCAAGCAUUGCUCCUGAAACAUCUCCUGCAGAGUCCACUAAAGCACCGCAUAUUUCUCCUGAAACCUCUCCUGCAGCAUCCACUGAAACUCAAACCAUUAUUCCUGAAACACCUCCUGUGGAGUCCACUAAAGCACCAAGUAUUGUUCCUGAAACCUCUCCUGCAGCAACCACUGAAACUCAAACCAUUAUUCCUGAAACAUCUUUACAAUCUACUAAAGCUCCAAGCAUUGCUCCUGAAACAUCUCCUUCAGAGUCCACUAAAGCACAGAGUAUUGCUCCUGAAACCUUUCCUGCAGCAUCCACUGAAACUCAAACUAUUAUUCCUAAAACAUCUGUAGAAUCAACUAUUUCCACAAGCAUUGCUCCUGAAACAUCUCCUGUGGAGUCCACUAAAGCACCAAGCAUUGUUCCUGAAACCUCUCCUGCAGCAUCCACUGAAACUAAAACCAUUAUUCCUAAAACAUCUGUAGAAUCCAUUAAAACUCCUACCAUGACUCCUGAAACAUCUCCUGUUGAGUCCACUAAAGCACCAAGCAUUGCUCCUGAAACAUCUCCUGUGGAAUCCAGUGAACCUCCAAGCAUUGCUUCUGAAACAUCUCCUGUGGGGUCCACUACAGUACCAGGCAUUGCUCCCGAAACAUCUCCUGCAGGGUCAACUGAAACUCAAAGCAUUAUUUCUGAAACAUCUCCUGUGGAGACCACUAAAGCACCAAGCAUUGUUCCUGAAACCUCUCAUGCAGCAUCCACUGAAACUCAAACCAUUAUUCCUGAAACAUCUGUAGAAUCAACUAUUUCCCCAAGCAUUGGUCCUAAAACAUCCCCUGCAGAGUCCACCAUACUUUCUAGUACAGGUCCUGAAACAUCUUCAGGAGUAUCUUCCAAUGCUCCAACCAUUGCUCCUGUAACAUCCCUUAUAUCCUCUACUAAGGCUUCCAGCAUUACUCCAGAAUCAUCUCCUGCAGAGUUCACUAAAGCUCCAAGCCUUGCUCCUGAAACAUUGCCUGCAGAGUUGACUAAAGUUCCCAGCAUUUCUCCUGAAUCAUCCCCUGUAGUGUCCAAUAAAGCUUCUAGCAUUGCUCCUGAAACAUCUUCUUCAUUGUCCUCUAAGGCUCCAAGCAUUGCUCCUGAUACAUCUACUGUGUCCUCUACUAAAGCUCCCACCACUGGUCCUGAAACCUCCACUGCAGAGUCCACUAAAGUUCCCAGCAUUGCUCCUGAAUCAUCUCCUGUAGUGUCCACUAAAGCUCCUAGCAUUGCUCCUGAAACAUCUUCAUCACUGUCCUCUAAAGCUCCAAGCAUUUCUCCUGAUACAUCUACUGUUUCCUCUACUAAAGUUCCCACCAUUGGUCCUGAAACCUCCACUGCAGAGUCAACAAAAUCUCCCAGCAUUGCUCCUGAAUCAUCUCCCGUAGUGUCCACUAAAGCUCCUAGCUUUGCUCCUGAAACAUCUUCAGCAGAGUCCACUAAAGCUCCAAGUAUUGCUCCUGUAACAUCCCUUGUUUCCUCUACUACAGGAAAUGCCUCUGAAUCAUCUCCUGUAAUGUCUACUAAAGCUACUAGCAUUUCUCCUGGUACAUCUCCUGCAGAAUCCACUAAAGCUCCAAGUAUUGCUCCUGUGACAUCCCCUGUUUCCUCUACGAAAGCUUCUAGCAUUGCUCCUGAAUCAUCUCCUGUAGUGUCCACUAAAGCCACUAGCAUUGCUCCUGAAACAUCUUCAGCAGAGUCCACUAAAGCUCCAAGUAUUGCUCCUGUAACAUCCCUUGCUUCCUCUACUACAGGAAUUGCCUCUGAAUCAUCUCAUGGAAUGUCUACUAAAGCUACUAGCAUUUCUCCUGGUACAUCUCCUGCAGAGUCCACUAAAGCUCAAAGUACUACUCCUGAAUCAUUCCCUGUUGAGUCCAGUAAAGCGCCAAGUAUUGCUCCUGAAACAACCUCCACAAAAACCACUCAAGCUGGAAGCACUACUCCCAUAAAACCCACUGAACCUCGUAGCACUACAUCUGAAACUACUUCUGCAGAAUCAACUGAACCUCCUCGUCCAACCACCCCCUCACCAAUCAUCACUACCAUCAUUACUUCAAGAUUGCCUACAACCACAAUGUCUUCUCGAAAUCCAAGUGAGUUAUGUAAACCCAUAUAUAUUUAGGAACAUGAUGAUGAGUGUGUGCAUGUUUCAGUCUGCCAGUGAUUAGUAGUUGAUUGAGUUGAGUUCUUAAAGCUGCUACUUCCACUAAUUUGUUUUGAUAUAAUUGUAUUGAAGGGGUAUUGUAUAUACUUGUAAGCUUUACAAAAAUAAUCUGCUGGAAAUGUGUUGUUAAUUUAGCAUUGAAUGUGCACCUGAACCUUAUGUUGUUUAUAUAAAACCACAUUACAGAAACCCCCCUCAUCCUCUUACCAUGCCUUUGUUUGUUAACUAUUAUUAUAUACAAAAAAAAUAAAAAAAACACUUUUUUUUUCUCCUUUUUAGUUAACUGUCAGAAUGGAGCUACCAAUGAUGGAACUAAAUGUCUUUGUACAGAAUUAUUUUAUGGGACCUCAUGUGAGAAUGCGAUAGAAAGAGUUGAGGUUGCAGGUAAGUGUCUCCACAAUACAAUAUACAGCAUAAGCAACUACCAAUAUAGACUUUGGGUGCACACAAAUCAUCUGGGCAAUGAGCCUUGGAUAGACAUGGUUCAAAUAGGCGGGUUUGGAUACUUAACAGGUGGAGUCAGUUUCUUACUAUGGUGACCACAAUGCAUGAUCUGUUUCUGUGGACCAGACUCGUCAUAUUGAGAACCUGAUGGUCUUUUCUUUUACCUGUGAGAAUCUGUCUAUGAUCCCAGGAUUCAAGGAAAUGGUUAAUGCAUAACUUAAUAACAGUUAUCCCCUUUAAAAUAUGCUUAUUCUUCCUUAGUAUAUGUCUAAACUAGAAACUUGAAGGAUCUUACAAACAACUUUGAGAAUAUUACUGUGAGAUUUAGACAUUGACGUUAUAUCACUACAUCUCUGUGGCAAACCUUGAAUGUUCUUUAUAAGGUUUAACUCUGGCUUGUCAGUUGUUCAAAAUGAAUUCAAAGUGAAAUUCAAAAUGUUAGUCUCAAAUAGCUCAAAAAAAAAAAUGUGGCCUACAAUUUUAAAUUUUAAAGAAAAUUAUUACUUAAAGGACCACUAUAGUGCCAGGAAAACAAACUAGUUUUCCUGGCACUAUAGAGACAUUAGGUCCCCCCACCCUCAGGGCCCCCCUCCCGCUGGGCUGAAGGGGUUAAAAACCCUUCAGCCACUUACCUUUCUCGGCGCUGGUGACCUCUCCUCCGCCUGCCAACGGCAGAUUCGAAUGUGCAUGCGCGGCAAGAGCCACAAGCUUUCCUAUGGACAUCCAGCAUCUUCUCGGGGAAGUGCCUCUAGCGGCUGUCAGUGAGACAGCCACUAGAGGCUGGAUUAACCCUCAGUGAAACAUAGCAGUUUCUCUGAAACUAAUAUGUUUUCAUCUGCAGGGUUAAAACAAGAGGGACCUGACACCCAGACCAAUUCAUUGAGCUGAAGUGGUCUGGGUGCCUACAGUGGUCCUUUAAGCUAUAGGUGAAGUGGUCCUGAGACAGUAUGAAGCCAGAUAAUAUCUUAUAUUAGACAUGUAUACAAAUAAUUUUCUCCUGCAAUGAAUGGAUCACAUUAAUGUCUGAAUAAAGCGACCUAUCGUGUAAAACCCAGACAGAACGAUUUGUUCGGGUGUAGAUUACCAGUAAUUUGAUUUGUUUAUUGCAGGUCAAAAGGAUUUGUGCACAUGUCUAGAUUUCAAUCAAUAGGUAAACUGAAUGAUGUAUUUGUGCUUCUUUGCAUAUAACCAAUGUUUCCGUCCAACUACCUUGACAAAUUAAGAAAAAUUUGAUAAUGGGACUGAAAUAGUGAAUGUAUACAAGUCCUGUGAGUGUGUUCUUCACUUGAUGAUCUCAGCCAAUCCAGUACCUUCCUGUAGCUGUUGUGCAUGUGUGGCAAAAAGCUGCACGGCCAAUCAGCAUGUCCAUGAGGAGCGUUCAGUGCUUCCAUGCAGACCCAAUCGAAUACACUGCCCCCCCCCCAUUCUAGUACACUGCCCACAAAUCCAAUACAUUGCCCACAAAUCCAAUACACUGCCCUCCACCCUCCACACUUAUACACUGCGCCCUCCACCUAAUCUAAUACACUGCCCCUUUACCUGAUACACUGCCCCCUCCCUCCUUUCUAAUUUAAUACACUCCCUUCCCCCAAUUUAACACGUUGCCCCCCUCCCACCACUAUAAUACACUGCCGUCCCCCAAUUUAACACGUUGCCCCCUCCCACCACUAUAAUACACUGCCCACUACCUCCCUCAAUUUAAUACACUGCCCCUUCCCUCCCCCAAAUUAAUACACUGCCUUCUCCCUGCCCCAAAUUAAUACACUGCCCAAUCCCUACCCCAAAUUAAUACACCACCCAUCCUCCCCAAUUUAACACACUACACAGGAAGUUCCCAUAAUCCCUCUUCUCCUACCUUAAGAUGAGCCAUUCGUCCUCUAGUUCCAGCCCUGCUCUUCUCUGCUCAAGAAGAAUGGCACUGCAAGCAGGAGAGAAGGGGGAGUGGCUGUCCUGCUCUGCAGAAAGCCAGCCACUCUGCACUAUUGUGGCUGCAAGAGCCCACAAUCGCCCGUGGGAGGGAAGACAAGAAUCAGACAGUAAAAAUCUUUCCUGUCUUACAGCUAGUCACAUCCAUAGCACAAAGCAACCCCAGGGCAGGCGGGCCGCAAAGAUAUUCAUUGUGGCCGGAAGUUUGACAUGCUUGUUCUAGAGUUUUCCUAAUGGAUUCUGCUUUGUCUAAGCGCUUGGGAACCUACAAGAUUUUUACUAUUUGUGGCAAUACAUCUGACAUAACUUCUCUCCCCCUGCUAGACGCUGUGAUUAUUACCGAAGUUAAAGUGGAACUGAGACUUACUGAGCAAACAUUUACAGAAGCUCUUAAAGAUAAUACAAGCGAAGAAUAUAAGGAAUUUGAGAAAGACUUCAAAACCCAGGUAAGAAUGUGAGCACUUAAAGGACCACUAUGGGCACCCAGAUCACUUCAGCUUAAUGAAGUGGUCUGGGUGCCAGGUCCAUCUAGGAUUAACCAUGCCUGCUGUAAUCUGCUAUCUGUGGCCUGCUAAACUGCUAUCAGUGGCGUACACAUGACCCAUGGGGCCCCGGUGCGAAAAUUGAUCCGUGCCCCACCCCCCGGCGCUUACUCUGCGCGGGCCGGGGCCGCAACACAUGGAGGUGGGCACCGGGUCGUAGGGGUUGCAGAGCUGCGACCCCUGCGACCGUGGUAUGUACGCCAGUGCAUGCAGAUUCACACACCCUUAAAGGACCACUACAGACACCCAGAUCACAUCAGCUCAAUGAAGUGGUCUGGGUGCCAGGUCCCUCUAGUUUUAACCCUGGAGCUGAAAACAUAGCAGUUUCAGAGAAACUGCUAUGUUUCACUGAGGGUUAAUCCAGUCUCUAGUGGCUGUCUCAUUGACAGCCGCUAGAGGAGCUUCCGCGAUUCUCACUGUGAAAAUCACAGUGAGAAGACACUGAAUGUCCAUAGGAAAGCAUUUAGUAAUGCUUUCCUAUGGGCGGUUUGAAUGCGCGCGCGGCUCUUGCCGCGCAUGCGCAUUCGGAGCUGAGAGGUGGAGGGAUCCCCAGUGCCAGGGGAGUCUGGCACUGGAGAAAGGUAAGUGCUGAAGACACACACACACACACUGUCACAAACAGACACAUACACACUAGCUAACAGACACACACAUUUACUGACAGAGACACACUCAGCGACAGACAUACAUACACACUCACUUAUAAAACACUCUCACUGACAAACACUCACUAACAGACACACACAAACACAGACAGUAACACACUCACUAGCAGACACACACUCUAACACAAACACUAACACACACACUCACUAACACAAACACUAACACGUGCACAUACACACACUAACACACACACACACACUAACAUACACUAACACAUACACACCAUCACUAACACACACACACUAACACACACAAACACACAAACACACUAACACACACUAACACUAACACACACUAACACACACACACACACACACUAACACACACUCACUAACACACACACACACUAACACUAACACACACACACUUUAAAAAAAAAUGUAAUCCCCCGAGCCUCCUUAUCUUGGGGUCCAGUGGGGCUGCCCGGCAGCCAGUCACCCGGCGUGCAGGCAGGCUGGCUGGCUGGUGCGUGAGGGAGCACUGUCCUCUCAGUGCUUCCUCUUCAGCUCCCUCGCGCGCCGCAUACUGAUGCUGGAGCCGGUAUCAGUGCGGUGCACGAGGGAGCAGAAGAGGGAGCACUCAGGAGAGAGUGCUCCCUCGCACGCCCGUCUGGUGAUACCAGGGCCAGCCUCGGGGGGGCCUGAGGUGGCCGGCUCCUGGGCCCCCAGGAAAAGAGGCUGGCCACAGUGGCAUAAAUACCUAGACGCAGGGCGGCCGGGCCCCCUGGUGGGCCGGACACGGUCGCAGCCGCGACCCCUGUGACCCCAGUAUGUACGCCACUGACUGCUAUGUUUACUUUAGGGUUAAUCCAGCCCUAGUGGCUGUCUCAUUGACAGCCACUAGAGGCGCUUCCGACUGUGAUUUUCACAGUGAGAAUGCUUUCCUAGACUGGCUGAAUGCGCACGCAGCUUUUGCCGAUGAUGCCGAUUCAGCCGAUGACAUCAGAAGAGGGAGGAGAGUCCCCAGCGCUGAGGGAGUCCGGCACUGGAGAAAGGUGAGUUUUUAACACCUUCCUCCCCCUUCAGCCCGGCGGGAGUGGGACCCUGAGGGUGGGGGCAAAACAAACAAGUUUGUUUUCCUGGCACUAUAGUGGUCCUUUAAUAUAUGGUGAACAUUUAACAGUUUGAAAUCCUGAUACACGAGUUAUCCUUGAACUCCUUCACCACUGAUAACUUUUUUAUCAAUAAAUUAUUAGCAUUACAUUUAUUAGAAGCAAGGGAUGCAUAGAUAGAAUAUAAGUAUAACACGGCAAUUUUGUAUAUAGAUUGCUUUGAUGACAAACUUAAAAAUAAAAAAUAUGUAAAUGUACUAAUGAAAGUAUUUAGAAAAUUGGGCAGACUAGAUGGGCCAAAUGGUUCUUAUCUGCCGUCACAUUCUAUGUUUCUAUGUUUCUAAGUUUGCAUACCCUUGAAUAAUUAGUAAUAUUUGUACCAUUUUUAAAGUGAGUUAGUUAGCAGGCAAAACACAUUUAUUUUAUUUCUUAUGGGAUUCAUAUUCAACUGUAGUUUAUAACAGACUGGCACAAUCAUAAAACAAAACAUGGCAACAAAGAAAAAAAUGAAAUGUUCAAAUAUCUGCUGCAUACCCUUAGUUCUUAAUACUGUGUAUUGACUCAAUUAGCAUCAAUGACAAGAUGCAUGCUUUUGCAAUAAUUGUCUAUGAGGCUACUAAUUCUUGCAGGUGGUAUUGCUGCCCAUUCGUCUUGGCAAAAUGCCUCCACUUUAUGCAUAGUCUUGGUCGUCGUGCACAAACCGCACGCUUGAGAUCUCCCCAGAGUGGCUUGAUGAUAUUGAGGUUAGGAGAUUGUGGUGGUCACUCCAGAACCUUCACAUUUUUCUGCUUUAAUCACUGGAAGGUCAACUUGGCCUUGUGCUUUGGGUCAGGGCCGCCAUCAGAAAUUGUGGGGCCCCUAACACAGCUCAAGGUCUGGGCCUCUGUGUGCCCGCCUCCAAAUCCCGCCCACAGGAAUACACACACACACAGACACAAAAGGACACAGACACACACACAGAAAGAUACACACAUACUAACAGACACAAAUACUGAAACAGACAUACAUAUAGAUACAUACACAGAUACACACACACACACACACUGACAUACAGACACACACACUGUUGUACAUACAUACUCACAUACUGACACACACAUACAUACUGACAAACAGACAUACAUACAAACUGACAUACAUACAGACAUACAUACACAUAAAUACAUACUGACAUACAUAUAUAAUGGCAUACAUACACAUACAUACUGAUAUACAGACAUACAUACACACACAGACAUACAUGCAUACUGGCAUACAUACUGAUAGAGUGACAUACACAGACAUACAUGCAUACUGACAUACAUACAUACUUGCAGACAUACAUACAUACUGACAAACAGACAUACAUACUGACAUACACAAACACAUACAGAUAGACACAUACACACAUACAUACAUACAUACAUACAUACACACACACAGACAUACAUGCAUACUGACAUACAUACACACAGACAUACACACAGACAUACAUACACACAGACACACACACACACACAGACAUACAUACUGACAUACACACACACAGACAUACAUACUGACAUACACACACACACACAGACAUACUGACAUACACACAGACAUACAUACUGACAUACACACACACAGACAUACAUACUGACAUUCACACAGACAUACAUACUGACAUACACACACAGACAUACUGGCAUACACACAUACAUUCUAACAUACACACAGACAUACACACAGACAUGCAUACUGACAUACACACACACAGACAUACUGACAUACACACAGACAUGCACACACACAGACAUACAUACUGACAUACACACAGACAUACUGACAUACACACAGACAUACAUACUGACAUACACACACACACACACACACAGACAUACUGACAUACACACAGACAUACAAACUGACAUACGCACACAGACAUACUGACAUACACACAGACAUACACACAGACAUACAUACUGACAUACAUACAGACAUACACACACACACACAGACAUACAUACUGACAUACACACACAGACACAGAUAUACUGACAUACUCACAGACAUAGAUACUGACAUACACACACACACACACACACACAGACAUACAUACUGACAUAAACACACACACCUCAUUUAUCAGCCACCCUACUCUUACCUUUAAAUUGCAGGAGGAUGGCUGGGGAUGAUGGGAGUGGAUGCCUCUGGUGUCCCUGUCCUGUCCUCUCCUCCGCUCUCCCUCUCCCCCCGCGCAGAGUAAGCUGGGAGGAAGUGACCUGUCGUCACUUCUUCCCAGCAGCACUUGCAGUGUUUAGCCGCAAUUUUUUUUUUUAAAGGGGCCCAGUCGCUCAAUUACCCGGCGCAGCACUGACUGGGCCCCUGAAGAUAUAGGGCCCAUCGGGUGACCCUAAAUGCUUGGGCCACCUGUUGGGCCCCGGUGCAGAUGCACCUGCGGCAGUUUCUCCGCUCCACGUGGGGCCCGGGUGGCCGGGCCCCCCAGGGCUGCCGGGCCCGUGACAACCAUCAUUGUCACCCCCUGAUGGUGGCCCUGCUUUGGGUCAUUGUAAUGCUAUAAAUUCCAAGAGUGACCCAUGCGCAGCCUUCGUGCAGAAGAAUGCAAAUUAUCUACCAGUAUUUUCUGAUAACAUGCUGCAUUCAUCUUGCUAUCAAUUUUCAAAAGUUAUCCAGUGCCUUUAGAGCACACAUCCCCCAAAACAUCAGUGAGCCACCACCAUGCUUCACAGUAGGGAUGGUAUUCUUUUCACUAUAGGCUUUGUUGACCCAUCUCCAAACACAGCACUUAUGGCUGAGACCAUAAAGCUCUAUUUUGGUCUUGGCACUCCAAAUUACAGUGUUCCAGAAGCUGUUAGGCAUGUCAAGAUGUUGUUGGGCAUAUUGUAACCAGGCCUUUAUGUGACAUUGGCGCAGCAAAGGCUUCUUACUGGCAAUUCGACCAUGCAGCUCAUUUUUGUUCAAGUAUUGUCCUCUUUUAAACAAUCACACUGUCUGUUUCCAGAGAAGCCUGUAUUUCUCCUUAGGUUACCUGUGGGUAUCUCAAAUGAUUAUUCUGGCAUUUGUGGUGAGAUAUUUUUUGGUCUACCCAACCUUGAUUUGGUAUCUAGAGAUCCCUGAAUUUUCCACUUCUUAAUAAGUGAUUGAACAGUACUGACUGUCAUUUUCAAGGCUUUGGAUAUCUUUUUAUAUCCUUUUCCAUGUUUAUAAAGUUAAAUGACCUUGUUACGCAAGUCUUUUGACAGUUCUCUUUUACGUCCCAUGGCUCAGUAUCUAGCCUGCUCAGUGCAUCCACGUGAGAGCUAACAAACUCAUUGACUAUUUAUACACAGGAACUAAUUGCAAUUUAAAAUACCAUAGGUGUGGGAAAUUUACUUUUAAUUGCCAUUUUCACCUCUGUGUGUCACCUUGUGUGUCUGUAACAAGGCCACACAUUCAAGGGUAUGCAAACUUUUGACAGGGCCAUUUGGGUAAUUUAUGUUAUCAUUAUGAUUUAAUAAGGAGCCAAACAACUAUGUGAUAAUAAAUAGCUUCAGAUGAUUACUAUCCUUCAAUAGAAUGCAUUUUUGUUUUUGCAUUUCAUAUUUUAAAAAUCAAUGCCAAAAUGUCAUAAUAUCUACCAGGAUAUGCAAACUUUUGAGCACAAGUAUAUAUUUAUAAAUAAAAAUUGUAAAAAACCUUACUUAUAGGUACAGUUGUGAUCAAAAUUAUUCAAUACCCAUUAAAAAUCAGGUUUAUUUUCAAAAUGUACAGACUUUCAGCUGUUUGCAAUAGAUAAAUCAAACAAACGCAAUUUAAAUAGCUCAACACAAUGAAUGAUUCAAGUGGUUUCCCCAAAUUCAACUGAAAAUGCAACUUAUAAGGACUUCCUCAGUUUCAAAAUUAUUCAACCACCUGAAUAGAAUCCCUCACAACAGCACACAUGUGCAAAACAGGUAUUGUCUCAAACAUGCCUGAUGCAACUAAUCAAAUACUUCAUUAGUUGCACCAGGUGUUCUUGAACUGGAUCACUUGAAAUACCCUGGCUAGGGGCUUGUUGAGUGUCACAUUUCACUGCAUUUUAGAAAUAUGGCUAAGUCAAAAGAAUUGUCCACAAAGUUAAGAGAAGAGAUAAUCACCAUUCACAAACAAGGAACAGGAUACAAAAAGAUAGUGAAGACACUGAAUGUUCCUAGAGACACUGUUGGAAACAUAGUAUGCAAGUUCAAAGUUGAAGGAAGAGUGGUUCCACUAGCUGCACGAGCCACAAAAAGGAAGCUAUCAAUGGCUGCAACCAGAUUUCUGAGAAGGGCAUGUUGUGAAAAACCAUUGAGUGAGUGCAAAAGACCUGCAGCAAGACUUGGUGGCAACAGGCACUGAGCUUUCAGUGAGCACAGUAAGGCACAUACUAAAUGCAGAACGUUUCCAUGCCAGAAUUCCAAGAUAUACACCACUACUGACCCAAAAGCACUAGAAAACUCAGCCACAGAAGAUUUGGGAUUCUGUUUUGUGGAGCGAUGAAACAAAACUGGAACUUCCUGCCUAAUGAAUCAACGGUUAAUCUGGAGGAAGAGUCAUUGGACCUUCCAACCAGACAAUGAUCCCUAUCAUACCUCAAAUUCCACCAAUACUUGGUUACAGAAGAAUUUCUGGAAAAUUUUACAGUGGCCUUUACAGUCACCUGACUUGAAUCCCAUAGAAAAUCUCUGGUGGUAUUUGAUGAAGGCGAUUGCAGGACACAGACCCAAGAAUAUUACUGAACUGGAGGCCAUUGCUCAUGAGCUGUCAGCAGCUGGUGUCUGGGUAUGCGUCACAUUUGCAGCAGGUCAUAACAGCAAACAGGUGCUCUACUAAGUACUAAAGAUGCUUGCCAUGAAAUAAUAAGUUGGAGACCGGAGAAGUCAUUAUAAGUUGCAUUUUCAGUUGAAUUUGGUGAAUCCACUUGAAACAUUCUAAAUGUGGAGUUAUUUCAGUGGCGUUUGUUUGAUUUGUUCAUUGCAAACACCGGAAAGUCUGUACAUUUUGACAAUAAACCUGAUUUUCAGGUUUGAAUAAAUUUGAUCACGACUGUAUAAACUUAAGAAGUGACAUUUCACCUUUACUUCCUAAAGCACUUCCGCCCUUAAAGAGUUUUGAGUGUUCUUUUUAUCUUGCACAUCAUUAUACCUCUAACCCCUUUCUUCCUUGCAGAUGAAUGACGUUUAUAAAGACCUCCCUGGUUAUAAGGAUGUAGUUAUCAAUGAUCUAAGGUAGGUUUGUCUGAUCAUAUUGAAAAUGUAUAAACUGUACUGUUCAUCACAGGAAGUUAUAACCUGCAUGAAUAUUUAGUUUCUAUUCAAGAUAAAACAUGAUUCUAUUUGUAUGCAGUUUUCUAAAUGGCAAGCACCGUGUAUAAACUGACAUUCCACCACUUUCAAUAUACAAAGAUUACUAUAUACUAAUGAUGAUUACUAAUAAUUGUCCACAGUCAUAUGAUUCUUUAAACAAUUAAUGAGAGGCCCGGAUGGAUACUGCUGCAAAGAUUUUAGGAUGGGGGGGCAGGCAUAUCAUGGGAUGGACUAUCUGAUCAUGAUGAUAAAAGCACAAAAGGGUGGUUUCCUUUUAUCUUAAACUUUUAGAAGUCUGACUUGACUAGGUUUAUACAGAAUUGUAACAUUGCCCUUUUUGACAUUGACUUCUCCCUCUGAGUGCCUAGUCAUCUGUAAAUUGUUAUAUAGGAAGAUUAGGAUCAAGUGCAUUAUCUGGAUAACAAGGAGGUCUGCUACUGAAACUACAUUGAAGGUUUGGUGUAAAAGGUGUUUUGUUCUAAAAAGUGGAUUCCAGUAGAACCAUCGUGGGCACCUACAUAUGGAACUCUUCCCCUUUUCUAUAUUUGUACAACUUUUAGGAAUAUACACUUUUUACUCAUUACCCCCACAGUGCAGGGUUAAGCUUUUGUUUGAGAGUAAUCCACAUCUUUAGAAGCUCUUUGCAUUAGAAUUGGAGGCAGUGAGCAUCAACUAAUGUACUCCAGGUAAGACGUCAAGGCACUCAAGGAGGUAGCACCAGACCACUCCUGGCACAGCUACAGCAUGCUGUAUUAGUUAAGAUGCUUGGAGUAUAAUUACUACCCUAUCGACUAGGUAGUAGAAGUCUAUAUUGGGUAAAUCCUUGCAACGUUAGUCAUUCUUACUAAAUAUGUGUUUUAACUUCACUGUGGUUCUCUUACAGAAAUGGCAGUGUCAUUGUGGAUCAUGAUGUGCUUGUGGAAGUAGAAUAUCAGCUAAAUCGGAAUGUAUCUGAAUACUUUGAAACUAUAGUAAAAAAUGUAACUGAAAAGCUUGAAGAUCUCGAGGGAAAUUGCAGUGCAAGUAAGUUUUUGGUGAAAAUCUCAAAGGGACACCAGACUGGAGUUGACCCUUGACCGCUUAUCCCAGGACACACCCAUACCCAUUGCACCAAUAAAACAUGGAUACAUCAUUAUGUAAAUAAGGGCAACGGCUUUAUUUAAACUUAAAGGAACACUAUAGUUUUAGGAAUACAAACAUGUAUUCUUGACACUGUAGUUCUAAUAAUGCCAUUUAGGUCGCAGGCCCCCCUUUUCUCUGUUAAAAAGGUGUCUUACUCACCUUUUUUACAGUCCAGUUUCCUCUCUGUAGUGUGCCUCAUCCCCACUCUGCCUCCUUGGCUGAGAUAAUUAGAUUUAAUAAUCUCAGCCAAUCCAAGGCUUUCCCAUAGGAACGCAUUUGGGAGGCUAUUGCGGUAAAAUGCUGCAUUGUGCCAAUCAGCAUCUCCUCAUAGUACAUGUAGCUGCCGAACGUCAGUGCAGUACUGACCCAGGAAGCACCUCUAGUGGCUAUCUUAGUUACUGCCACUAAAGGUUAUUAAGCACCAAUGUCAAUACUUUUCUCUGAAAAAGCAGUGUUUACGUUAAAAAGCCUGCAAGCAGUAGACACCAGGAAACAACUACAUUAAGCUGUAUCUGUUCUGGUGACAAUAGUGUCCCUUUUUACAUCAAUGCCAGCAUAUACAUUUACGAGCUACCUUCCAGUUGUUGGGAUGUUUACCCAGCAGCCAGUUCUCCCAUGAUGAUUUGUUUCCAUGAGUCCAAUGUAGUCUGCCUACUCCCUCGGCAGAAUAAAACUCCCAAACGAUUGGCAUAUCAGAUAUCCUUUUACUGCAUAUUAACUACAUAUCAGAUAUCCUUUUUACAAGGAAUACCACGUGCCUUGACAAAACAUAAAAACAAAACAAAAACACAUACAAUACACAAAUCCCCCCAAAAAUAAUGGGUGGGAGGGAAAGGAAGUCAGGUUAUUUCAAGCCUUCUCCUAACUGACGGAUGAGUAUCCACCCCGUCUCACUUCCUAGUCCCCAUCUUCCAACAAUGUAUGCCUUUUUGUCCAGCCCCAGAUUCGUGUGCAGUGGUCAUGUUUCCCCAUCCGUAGCUAUCCACAGAUAUUCUUUCUAUAGCUUAGUUUACCAAAUUAUUUUGAUAAUGUGUUAAUAAAAUAUACAGAAAAUAUAUUUUUUAAAAAGGAAAAAGAAUUACUUACAACUGAAGUCACUAUAUAUUUUUUGUGCACGUUCAGCUGAAUAAGUCAUGCGUGCCAGGGGUGUAACUAGCUCCUGACACAAAAGUGCAAAAAUAUCUGUGAAUGUGCAGUGUUUCAAGAAGGAAUAUCACACAUAGACCAUUCUACCACUAACAAAACCUUGUGCCAAAUAUCCCUGCACAAUUAAUUGACAUUGCAGGGAUUUUUGACAGCACUGGUUCAGUUGUCAACUUUAUACUGGAGCAAUACAAUGUAUUAUUUAAAGAAAAAAAUAAAGCUAAAUUAAAGUAAACCUUCUCUUCAUUACUGGCUGUAACCUAACCUUAAAUACAUCCAACAUGGUGGUGACUCUUUAAAUAAAAUGUGUCACUGGUUGUUUAAUAUAUGGGUCUCAAUUUUUUUACAUUAAUUGAAAGGUGAAAUAAAGGUAUUCUUAUGUGUGUUGGCACUACUUCUUGAGGCAAGGGAGCUGCUGUAGAAUAUUGGCCAUGAUUUAUUUUUUUGGAUACCUUUUGCAAAUGAUCCCAGUCUGUUAGAACAAAAAGAUUUAUCUAUAGAAGGCAUCAAUGUCUAUAGGAAUUGUUGUAGAUAAUCUGUUGGAAAGAUGUUUGUAACAUAUUGAGGUUAUAUGAAAAAUCUAUCCAAAAAUAUUACAUUGAGGCCACAGUCUGAAACUAGUGUAACAGCAGAUCACCUAUAAAGCACUGAUAUCGCCUGGGUCAGCCCUGACUGCCUACCAGAACAGAACUGAGAGAUGCAGGCCUCUUUAGCUAGUGUCAUAGGUGUGCCACAUUUAAUAAUACUCUGUUAGAUGCUAGUCUAAGAACCAUUCUAGGUAGUUAUUUAUUCAGGGGUAGAAAUGCAGUGCUGUUUGAUCACAACUUGUUUCCUCUUUUGGUUACAGCAUUUUGUGUUGAAAUAAACAAUGUCUCUGGAGUACCUCCACCAAGUGAAACAGGUAUGUAAUUGCUAGCUCUGCUGUCUAGCUAUUUAUUUUAGAGCUAUGUUAUCAGUAGUAUACAAGAAUUUCUGAAUGUGUGCACUGUCUUCUUCAGAACUCUGCAAUGUGAAGUUUGGUCCAGGUUUUAAGGAAUUCUAUGAACCAUCAAUUGUUAGUGGUAAAGUGACUUGUGUGUCCGUCUGUGAUCCACUUGCAAAGUCCUAUUACAACUGUACCCUGGGCAGCUGCCUAUUGCGGAACAAUACAGGACCACAUUGCCUGUAAGUAUGUUUUGUCUCUUUGUUUUUUUUUUUAUUGUGGCAGUUAGUUUCCUAAUGAAAAGGCAAAUCUAUGAUGUAUCAUAGAAACAUAGAAACAUAGAAACAUAGAAUGUGACGGCAGAUAAGAACCAUUCGGCCCAUCUAGUCUGCCCAAUUUUCUAAAUACUUUCAUUAGUCCCUAGCCUUAUCUUAUAGUUAGGAUAGCCUUAUGCCUAUCCUACGCAUGCUUAAACUCCUUUACUGUGUUAACCUCUACCACUUCAGCUGGAAGGCUAUUCCAUGCAUCCACUACCCUCUCAGUAAAGUAAUACUUCCUGAUAUUAUUUUUAAACCUUUGUUCCUCUAAUUUAAGACUAUGUCCUCUUGUUGUGGUAGUUUUUCUUCUUUUAAAGGGGUUGUUGUUUUUCAUAUAGCAGUUCUGCUAAAGUCACAGUCAAGGCACCCUACUGGAGAUGUUUAAUAAUGUGGUUAGCUAAGGCUAGCUGCGGUGAUUCCUAAAUAAACUGGUCAUUACAUCUGUGCCUGUUAUUAUGUGUUUAGUAACCAUGAUUUAUUGUAACUUAUGUAUUAUUAUUUUUUACAGCUGUCCAGACACAGACAAAUACCUGUACACAGGAUCAAUGUGCCAGGGAAGGAUAAUAAAAUUAGGAUUAUAUGGUGGAGUUGGAGCAGCCAUUGCUGUCCUGGUGAUAAUUAUUUUCACAGUUGUGUUCCUCAUGUUAAGAAUAAUAAAAAGCAAGAAAGAGUGAGUAGUUUAUUUUUCUUAUCUGUUCUGUUCAUUGUAUAGCAUAUUGUGUGACUGUGAAAGCUGCUUAUUGCAUGAUCGAUCAUUGUCUAUGUUAUGUCACAAGAUAUGUGCAUAGUGCAUGUUAUAUGACAAUGAAUUUGUAGUGUAAUGUGUGUGUAGAGGUCUGUUAGUUGAGAAUUGUGCAUGUGUGGGGGCUGUAGUGUAUGUUGGUAAGAGGAUUAGGGCCUGUAGUGUGUGGGAGGGUUACAGGCUGUAGUGUGUAUGGGAGCAUACGGGAUAUGUGGGUGUAUUAGGGGCUAGAGUGCAAGCAUUAGGGACUAUACUAUUUGGGGCUAUAGCUGCAGUAGUUUGGGGGUGAAUAUGGGUUGCUUUGGAGCAGGUGUAAAAAUAUAAUUUUUAAUUUCAAAAACAAAAAAAAGGCUUAACCCUCCUCCCUCUGGCUUACCUUGGGCCAGUAAGUUUGGAAUGCUGUAGCGUAGUGGUCCAGUAAGCAAUGCAUCUGUGGCAAGUGCAGAGUGCUACUUGCAGCUGGUAUUAGGAAAGUAUCAGAUUGUUUCCAUGGUAACCUGUGGCAACACUCUGAUUCACUAGCUAGAUUAGAGAACAUUGUCUGCACACACUGGGGGUGCAGGCUGCAAGCUCCCUGGUUCCCCUAGCAUUGUUGUAGGUCUUUAUACGGCAUUUGCUCAAUGUCCAUUUUGUAUACUAUAUCAGUUUAUCAAUGCGUAUUAGUGUGACAGUGCUUUUUUAUAUUUUAUAACUUUGCUUUGUGGGUAAUGUUUUACACAAUAUACUGUCAUAUACAUAUAAUGUAGGCUGUGCUGAAAUGCAUUGGAUACAUUGUGUAACUGUUCUCCGUGUAUUAGUGCAUUGUGUUGCAUUGUGCAAUGGCUCAUUGUAUUCUUUGUGAAUGUUUUAUUAUUGUAUUCAUUGUGUAAUUAGAGUCAGAUCUUUUCCUAUUUUAUGGGAAUGUGCUAUAUAUUUUCAUAGCAAAUUUUGUAUUUUGUUCUGUGUGUGCUUACUGUGUGAUGUUUACAUUGUAAUCUUAGCAUAUAUGUUAUGUCUUGUUUCAUCUGCAGUCCUGAGUUUCAGCGCAAACGUUAUGAUGUGUGUUCCCUUUUAUUUUGUUGGUGUGAUAUUGUGACGGAAUGAGUGAUAGCUUUAAUUAAAUGUCUGCCUUUCUGUUCAUGCAUGUCACGUGUUGUCACAUAAAUGAGUUUGGUUUAGGGAAUACUUUUUAAAGUAAAAUCUUGUGCUUUGUGACAUCAGGAAAAAUUUAUUCACAAAUGGAGAAAGUUCAUGGUACGAAGAAUACAAUGACAAUGAAUGGAGCAUAGAACGAGGCUUCACCAACUUGAAUGCAGUAAUGGAGGAAGCUGGUGGAGGUAGGUUAACAAAUCAGCACGAUUUAUCUAAAAACAAUUGAGGUUGUACCACAAUCCAAUGACUGUAUUAAAUAGAUAAAUAUUUGUGAAUUUCACCAGAUAUUGUGUGUUUUUCCAAAUAUUUCACAUUAUGCUGCCAGUAAUGCAGUUAAAGUUAGGAUUUUUUUGUCAUAUAAAACCAGGCUUACAUUUAGACAUCCUAAUCAUGCAACCUAGAGAUUGACACUCUGAGAUUGAAAAGGUGAUGGCCAUCAAAAUGUAUUCAACUCAAAAUGAUCUUAUCAUCCCUUUUGAGUCCUUUCUGUCAUUAACCCAUGUUGUGCCAAAUUAGUAUUGAUGUAUUUUUCUUUAAGUGUAUUCAAAGAAUACAUUUUGGGAAAGGCUACAUGGGUGUAUGGUGUGAUUAUAAUUUUCAACAAUCCACAGGUGAUACUCGAAAAAUUAGAAUAUUGUGCACAAGUUCAUUUAUUUCAGUAAUGCAACGUAAAAGGGGAAACUAAUAUAUGAGAUAGAUGCAUUACAUGCAAAGCAAGAUAGUUCAAUCCGUGAAUUGUCAUAAGUGCGAUGAUUAUGGCUUACAGCUCAUGAAAACCCCAAAUCCACAAUCUUAGUAAAUUAGAAUAUUACAUGCAAUCAAUAAAACAAGGAGUCUACAUAGAACAAUAUCGGGCCUCUGAUAUGCAUAUGGACUCAGUACUUGGUUUGGACCCCUUUUGCAGCAACUACUGCCUCAAUGCGGCAUGGCAUGGAAGCUAUCAGCCUGUGGCACUGCUGAGGUGUUAUGGAAGACCAGGAUGCUUCAAUAGCGGCCUUCAGCUCUUUUGCAUUGUUCAGUCACAUGUCUCUCAUCUUUCUCUUGGCAAUGCCACAUAGAUUCUCUAUGGGGUUCAGGUCAGGAGAGUUUGCUGGCCAUCAAGCACAGUAAUCCCACGGUCAUUGAACCAGGCUUUGGUGCUUUUGGCAGUGUGGGCAGGUGCCAAGUCCUGCUGGAAAAUGAAGUCAGCAUCCCCAUAAAGCUCGUCUGUGGAAGGAAGUAUGAAGUGCUCCAAAAUCUCCUGGUAGACGGCUGUGUUGACCCUGGACUUAAUGAAGCACAGUGGACCAACACCAGCAGAUGACAUGGCUCCCCAAAUCAACACAGUCUGUGGAAACUUCACACUGGACUUCAAGCAUCUUGUGCCUCUCCAUUCUUCCUCCAGACUCUGGGUCCUUGGAUUCCAAAUGAGAUGCAAAAGUUGCUCUCAUCAGAAAAGAGGACUUUGGACCACUGAGCAACAGACCAGGUCUGUUUUUCUUUAGCCCAGGUAAGACGCUUCUGAUGUUGUUUGUUGUUCAGGAGUGGCUUGACAAGAGGAAUACGACAUCUGAAGCCCAUGUCCAGGAUCCGUCUGUGUGUGGCUCUUGAUGCACUGACUCCAGCCUCAAUCCACUCCUUGUGAAAGUCCCCAACACUUUUGAAUGGCCUUUUCCUGCCAAUCCUCUCAAGGCUGAGGUCAUCUCUGCUGCUUGUGCACCUUUUUCUUCCACACUUUUACCUUCCACAUAACUUUCUAUUAAAAUGCUUUGAUACAGCACUUUGGGAACAUCCAACUUCCUUCGCAAUUACCUUUUGAGGCUUUCCCUAGUUAUGUAGAGUGUCAAUGAUGGUUUUCUGCACCACUGUCAGGUCAGCAGUCUUCCCCAUGAUUGUGAUUCCUACUGAACCAGACUGAGAGACCAUUUAACCCCUUAGCGACCGAGGACGGUUCAGGACCGUCAUCGGCAUUUUUGCCUUGAGGACCGAUGACGGUCCUGAACCGUCCUAACGGUCUGGGGGUACUUACCUGAUCGCCGUCGUUCCCCCGGCGGCGAUCAGUGUGGCUCCGGUUGUGGGGAGACUGCCUGCAGCCCAGACAGUCUCCCCACACUGAUUUAGGACCCCUGUGGCCAUGUGAUCGCUUAACACAGCGAUCACAUGGUCACAAUAGGUGUCCAUGUGUCUGCCUGCAGGGGGACUGUCUGUGCUGACAGGCAGUCUCCCUGCUAGUGUAAAAUCAAAAAAAAAAAUAAAGUUAGUGUUAAUAAAAAAAAUUUAAAAAAUUAUAUAUGUGUAUAAAUAUGAUAUAUAGACAUAUAUUAUAUCUAUAUAAUAUAUGUCUAUCUAUCAUAUAUAUAAUGUCAUACUAAGUGUAUUUUUAUAUUAAUAUGUACUUAUAUUAAUAUAAAAAUACACUUAUAAUUAAAUUACGCACGUAUAUAUAUAAUAUAUAUAAUAACUAUAUAUAUUGUAUAUAUAUAUUAUUAUAAAAUAUAAAUAAUAAGUAAUUUAAAUUAAAUAAAAAAAUUUUAAAAUAAUAAUAAAAAAAUAAAAAAAAUUAUAUAUCUAUAUGAAAUUUUAUUCUAACUGUAUUUUAAAAUUAAUAUAUAUAUAUUUAUAUCAAAAUACACUUAGAAUGAAUUUGUAUAUAUAUCUAUGUAUAUAAAAAUAAAUAAAAAUAAUAAGAAAUAUACAUAUGUCCAUAUACAAAAUUACAUAAAUAAUUAUAUAAAUAUACACGUAGACUUCAAAUAUAUAAAUAUGCAUAUAUAUUUAAAUUCUACGUGCGUAUUUAUGUAAUAUUUUUACAUAAUUCAGUAAUUUUAUUGAUUGCAAUUUGAGGGACCUGCCUGCCAACCCAGGCCGAAAUUCCAGAGAAUUGAAUUUGCUAGCACUGUAUUUUACCCUGUAACGUUCUACGACACCCUAAAACCUGUACAUGGGGGGUACUGUUUUACUCGGGAGACUUCGCUGAACACAAAUAUUAGUGAUUCAAAACAGUAAAACAUAUCACAGCGAUGAUAUUGUCAGUGAAAGUGACUUUUUUUGCAUUUUUCACACACAAACAGCACUUUUACUGAUGAUAUAAUUGUUGUGAUACGUUUUCCAGUUUUUAAACACUAAUAUUUGUGUUCAGCGAUGUCUCCUGAGUAAAACAGUACCCCCCAUGUACAGGUUUUAUAGCAUUUUUGAAAGUUACAAGGUCAAAUAUAUGGGUCAAAUAUUUUUACAUUGAAAAUGGCCAGGUUGGUUACGUUGCCUUUGAGAGCGUAUGGUAGCCCAGGAAUGAGAAUUACCCCCAUGAUGGCAUACCAUUUGCAAAAGAAGACAACCCAAGGUAUUGCAAAUGGGGUAUGUCCAGUCUUUUUUAGUAACCACUUGGUCACAAACACUGGCCAAAAUUAGCGUUCAAUUUAGUUUUUUUACUUUUUUCACACACAAACAAAUAUGAAUGCUUACUUUGGCCAGUGUUUUCGACUAAGUGGCUACUAAAAAAGACUGGACAUACCCCAUAUUGAAUACCUGGGUUGUCUACUUUAAAAAAAAAUAUGUACAUGUGGGGUGUUAUUCAGAGAUUUAUGACAGAUAAUAGUAUUACAAUGUCACUAUAGAUAAAUUUAAAAAAUUUAUGUUUUGAAACCGCAAUAUUCUACUUGUACCUAUAGCCCUAUAACAUGCAAAAAAAAGCAAAAAAGCAUGUAAACACGGGGUAUUUUUAAACUCAGGACAAAAUUUUGAAUCUAUUUAGCAGUUUUUUUAAUUCGCUUUUGUAGAUGAGUAAAAGAUUUUUCAAGUAAAAGUCAAAAAACAUGUAUUUUUUUCAAUUUUUCAUCAUAUUUUUUUAUUUUUUUAAAAUUAAAAUACAUGAGAUUAUAUAAAUAAUGGUAUGUAAAGAAAGCCCCUUUUGUCCUGAAAAAAACAAUAUAUAAUUUGUAUGGGAACAGUAAAUGAGAGAGCGGAAAAUUCCAGCCAAACACAAACACCACAAAAGUGUAAAAAUAUGCCUGGUCGCAAAUGUACAACAUCGCAAAAAAGGUCCAGUCCUUAAGGGGUUAAGGGGUUAAAAUAUUGGACUGGUUUGAUUGUGAAUGAACCAUCACAAUUAAUGGUUUACAUGCAGAAAUUACCAUGUCAUUAAUUAUUUAAUUAUAGACUGUGAUCAACCCCAAAUUGAGAGAUAAUACACCUAUAGGACUGUGCCACAAAAAAAGUGUAUAGCGCUUAUCUCUGUGCUACUAAAACUUUAGCAAUGUGAGAUAAACAUUCAUAGGUCCUGCUCUCUGUGUCACCCUGCAGGAGGAGGGACAGACUCAACGCUCCUUCUGUCUGUGUCACCCUGCAGGGGGAGGGACAGUCUAAUAGCUCCAUCUGUCUGUGUCACUGUGUCACCCUGCAGGGGGAUGAACAUACUCAUAGCUCCUUCUGUCUGUGUCACCCUACAGGGGGAGGGACAGACUCAUAGCUCCUUCUGUCUGUGUCACUGUGUCACCCUGCAGGGUAGGGACAGACUCAUAGCUCCUUCUGUCUGUGUCACCAUGUCACCCUGCAGGGGGAUGAACAUACUCAUAGCUCCUUCUGUCUGUGUCACCCUACAGGGGGAGGGACAGACUCAUAGCUCCUUCUGUCUGUGUCACUGUGUCACCCUGCAGGGUAGGGACAGACUCAUAGCUCCUUCUGUCUGUGUCACCAUGUCACCCUGCAGGGGGAUGAACAUACUCAUAGCUCCUUCUGUCUGUGUCACCCUACAGGGGGAGGGACAGACUCAUAGCUCCUUCUGUCUGUGUCACUGUGUCUCCCUACAGAGGGAGGGACAGACUCAUAGCUCCUUCUGUCUGUAUCACUGUGUCACCCUGCAGGGGGAGGGACAGACUCAUAGCGCCUUCUGUAUGUGUCUCCCUACAGGGGGAGGGACAGACUCAUAGCUCCUUCUGUCUGUGCCACUGUGUCUCCCUACAGGGGGAGGGACAGACUCAUAGCUCCUUCUGUCUGUAUCACUGUGUCACCCUGCAGGGGGAGGGACAGACUCAUAGCUCCUUCUGUCUGUAAUACUGUGUCACCCUGCAGGGGGAGGGACAGACUCAUAGCUCCUUCUGUCUGUGUCACCGUGUCACCCUGCAGGGGGAGGGACAGACUCAUAGCUCCUUCUGUCUGUGUCACUGUGUCACCCUGCAGGGGGAGGGACAGACUCAUAGCUCCUUCUGUGUCACGCUGCAGGGGGAGGGACAGACUCAUAGCUCCUUCUGUCUGUGUCACUGUGUCACCCUGCAGGGGGAGGGACAGACUCAUAGCUCCUUCUGUCUGUGUCACUGUGUCACCAUGCAGGGGGAGGGACAGACUCAUAGCUCCUUCUGUCUGUGUCACAGUGUCACCCUGCAGGGGGAGGGACAGACUCAUAGCUCCUUCUGUCUGUGUCACUAUGUCACCCUGCAGGGGGAGGGACAGACUCAUAGCUCCUUCUGUCUGCGUCACUGUGUCACCCUGCAGGGGGAGGGACAGACUAAUAGCUCCUUCUGUCUGUGUCACUGUGUCACCCUGCAGGGGGAAGGACAGACUCAUAGCUCCUUCUGUCUGUGUCACCGUGUCACCCUGCAGGGGAGGGACAGACUCAUAGCUCCUUCUGUCUGUGUCACCCUGCAGGGGGAGGGACAGACUCAUAGCUCCUUCUGUCUGUGUCACUGUGUCACCCUGCACGGGGAGGGACAGACUCAUAGCUCCUUCUGUCUGUGUCACCGUGUCACCCUGCAGGGGGAGGGACACACUCAUAGCUCCUUCUGUCUGUCUGUGUCACUGUAUCACCCCUGCAGGUGGAGGGACAGACUCAUAGCUCCCCUUCUGUCUGUGUCACUGUAUCACCCCUGCAGGGGGAGGGACAGACACAUAGCUCCCUUCUGUCUGUGUCACCGUCACCUGUGCAGGGGAGGGACAGACUCAUAGCUCCUUCCCCUGUCUGUGUCACCGUGUCACCUCUGCAGGGGGAAAGUGGACAGGACUCAUAGCCCCUGUCUGUGUCACUGUGUCACUCCCUCUGCAGGGGAGGGACAGACCCUGCUAGCUCCUUCUGUCUGUGCUCACUGUGUCACCCCUGCAGGGGAGGGACAGGACUCAUAAAUUCUUCCCCUGUCUGUGUCACUGUGUCACCCUGCAGGAAGGCACAGACUCUUAGCUCCUUCUGUCUGUCUCACUGUGUCACCCUGCAGGGGAGGGACAGACUCAUAGCUCCUUCUGUCUGUGUCACUGUGUCACCCUGCAGGGGAGGGACAGACUCAUAGCUCCUUCUGUCUGUGUCACUGUGUCACCCUGCAGGGGGAGGGACAGACUCAUAGCUCCUUCUGUCUGUGUCACCGUGUCACCCUGCAGGUGGAGGGACAGACUCAUAGCUCCUUCUGUCUGUGUCACUGUGUCACCCUGCAGGGGGAGGGACAGACUCAUAGCUCCUUCUGUCUGUGUCACCGUGUCACCCUGCAGGGGGAGGGACAGGCUCAUAGCUCCUUCUGUCUGUGUCACCCUGCAGGGGGAGGGACAGACUCAUAGCUCCUUCUGUCUGUGUCACCCUGCAGGGGGAGGGACAGACUCAUAGCUCCUUCUGUCUGUGUCACUGUGUCACCCUGCAGGGGGAGGGACAGACUCAUAGCUCCUUCUGUCUGUGUCACUGUGUCACCCUGCAGGGGGAGGGACAGACUCAUAGCUCCUUCUGUCUGUGUCACCGUGUCACCCUGCAGGGUGAGGGACAGACUCAUAGCUCCUUCUGUCUGUGUCACCGUAUCACCCUGCAGGGGGAGGGACAGACUCAUAGCUCCUUCUGUCUGUGUCACCGUGUCACCCUGCAGUGGGAGGGACAGACUCAUAGCUCCUUCUGUCUGUGUCACUGUAUCACCCUGCAGGGGGAGGGACAGACUCAUAGCUCAAUCUGUCUGUGUCACUGUGUCACCGUGCAGGGGGUGGCCGACAUAGCUCCUUCUGUCUGUGUCACUGUGUCACCCUGCAGGGGGAGGGACAGACUCAUAGCUCCUUCUGUCUGUGUCACUUUAUCACCCUGCAGGGGGAGGGACAGACUCAUAGCUCCUUCUGUCUGUGUCACUGUAUCACCCUGCAGGGGGAUGGACAGACUCAUAGCUCAAUCUGUCUGUCACUGUGUCACCCUGCAGGGAGAGGGGCAGAUUCAUAGCUCCCUCUGUCUGUGUCAUUGUGUCACCCUGCAGGGGGAGGGUACAGACUCAUAGCUCCUUCAGUCUGUGUCACUCUGUCACCCUGCAGGGGGAGGGACAGACUCAUAGCUCCUUCUGUCUGUGUCACUGUAUCACCCUGCAGGGGGAUGGACAGACUCAUAGCUCUUUCUGUCUGUGUCACUGUCACCCUGCAGUGAGAAAGUCAGACACACAGAUAAUUCUACAUGUGUCACUGUGUCACUCUCUCCGUAGGGAGUGACAGAUUUAUAGUUCAUUAUAUUUGUAUAAUUGUUUCAGCCUGUGUGUCCGUGUGUCUGUUUGAGUGUGUGGGGUGGAGAGGGGUUGGGGCAAACUCAAAACAUGCUUCACUAUGUCUCAUUAAUUGUCACUCUUUCUCUACAGAUAUGUCAAGUCAAGGUUCAUAUUCUUCAAAAGAAAGAUUUAAACCAGCACUGGAAAAUGUAGAUACAUCCAUUGAGGUAUGCAGAUAUUAACUUCCUAAAUACCUCUUGUAUGUGUCUGUCUAAUCAUUGUCUUUCUUUUCCAGAGUUACUUUGUGUUAGCUCUCUCUUGCACUUUUCUUUUAAUUUUUUACAUUAUUUCAUACAUUAUUUUUAUUUUAUUCUAUGGCAAAUGCUUAUAAUAAUUUUACAUGAUGACCUUGUUUAACGUGAUUUUGUUGUAUUGUUUGGGCGAUAAGAUUACCUCCCUUUUUGUAAACGAGCCAUUUUUACCAAUUUUAAUCUCUCUUUAUUGUGCAGGUGAAGAUACAGAGACCGGAGAUAUCUCAUGCGUAAUAUAUUCCAUUGAGCAGAGACAUAACUCAAAGCUAGAGAUCCGACAAGAUUUGACUAUUUUAAUGAGGACCCUUUGAGGAUUGAGCCAACUGCAAUUACUAACCGUCAUGAAAGAAUCAGAAAACAGAUAUAAUUGCAGAAAAAGAAACUUCUAAAUGUUGCCACUGGAGGGCCCCCUACUAUUGUUCAUUUAUAUUCUAAAAGCACAGCUUUUGAUGAUCGCAAUUUGAAUGAAAUAUGUGCAGGUGUGGAGAACAAACAAGAUCAUUGCACACCUAAAUCUGUUGGAUAUGCUAGUGAAUUAGUGAAUGGACUGUAGCAUCAAAAACGAUGAACAGCACAUAUGUGGACAAGUCAAUUGUUUGACAUGGGUCUAGGAAUGAGUGUAGCACCCACGAACAUCGUAUAACACCCCUUAGAAAAAAAAAAAAAAUUGGCAGUUAGCAAGCGUUCUCUUUUGGAAGCCCAGCCUUGCACUCCCAUUUGUCCCAAUGCACUAACCCAUUUCCAAGUUAUGUUUUUUACUCUUUACUAAUUAUGUAGAUUUUAACCUGUCUAUAUAAAUCCAUUCUCUACAUUUUUGCUCUGUAUUCUGGGUGGCCAAUCAAACUUCUCCUUUCUGAGUUGUGGUAACAUGGAUCAAACCUCUUUUUUUUUCUUUGU